ACAAAUAUAUCCAAACAUAAACCUCUUAAUAUUCAAUUGAUUUUUAGCUAGAAUUCAAAUUCAACUGGACCACUCUAGGUUAUGAAUAGUAGUAUAUUAUAUUCUUAAGGUAGAUCCCAUCAUCAAUCUGAUCCUGAAUGGUCCACUUGCAAGGGCAUAUAAAAAUUCUUUCUUAGCCGUUACAACCACAUAAUAACUUGUUUGCCUUUUCUCUUGCCAUAUACUAGUACUAUAUAAAUAUAAGUAACAAAUUGUUGGUCUCUUACCUACUACUAAUUCUUCAUUCAUCAACAAGUUCAAAUAUGACAACAUCCAUGUUGAAGUUAAUGUUUCCUCUACUCUUCCUAUCCAUGAUUCUUUCAAAAAAUGCGAACGCCGAAUUCGAGCUAUGGUGUGUAGCUGAUGAGCAGACCACUGACACUGAGUUACAGGCAGCAUUGGAUUGGGCUUGUGGGAAAGGAGGUGCAAAUUGUAGCAAAAUUCAACAGAACCAACCUUGUUAUUUUCCAAACACAUUGAAAGACCAUGCUUCUUAUGCCUUCAACAGUUACUUUCAGAAGUUGAAGCAUGAUGGUGGUUCUUGUUUCUUCAGAGGUGCUGCCAUUACAACAGAAGUUGAUCCUAGUCAUGGUUCUUGCCAAUAUGACUUCAUUCCCUAAUGAGUACUAAUUGCAACUGUCAAUGAUGAAGACUCAAAACAAUUGCACCAAAAAUUAAAGUUGGGCUAUUUUUGUUUUUCUUGUUGAAUACAAAUCAAGCAAUGUGCACUUCACAAUGUCUUAAAAUAUGUUGAUUUUGUCUUUUCCCUUGUGGUCCUCUCUCCCAUUGGAUUGGUUGGAGGUUUUUCACAUGCUAGUAUGGUAUUAAUAUUGGACUUUUCUUUAUAAAAUUGGAAUUUAUAUUCUUGAAAUUUAAAAUAAAUAAAAAAGGGGAAGAUUCUUCUAAUAGCAAUGGUAUGCCCCUAAAAUA